ACUGAACCUUGAUACCACACUUGGGAGAGAAAAGAGAAUGCUCCAAAUCAAUGAACUAGAAGAGCUCCGACGGGAUGCAUAUGAGAACUCCCGCAUCUACAAAGAAAAAGCAAAGGUUUGGCACGACAAAAACAUUAACCGAAGGGAGUUCUACGUCGGACAAAAGGUAUUACUUUUCAACUCAAGGCUCCGAUUAUUCCCUGGAAAACUCAAAUCCCGAUGGUCCGGACCAUAUACAAUCACCGAGGUCCGACCAUACGGAUCAAUGAUGAUUCAAAACGGUGACCAAACCCCAUUCCUUGUAAAUGGUCACCGACUCAAGCCAUACAUGGAGUAUCAUAACACCUCGGCAACCGCCGUUUGCCCAUUGGAGGAGUAAAAAGGUACGUUGCGUCCGGCCUACGACGUUAAACUGAGCGCUAAUUGGGAGGCAACCCAACAAAAAUAAUUUCAAUUAUAAAUAAAUAUGUUUAAUGAUGCGAAGUAUUCAUCUUUUAUUUAUAAUUGAACAACACCCAAUUAUAAAUAAAUAUGUUCGUUUACACAAACACAAGUAUCCAUAUUUAUUUAUAAUUGAAACAAAAAAAAAAAAAAAAAAAAAAAAAAUUGAAUAACCGGCGCCGGUCGGGUGACCAAACCGGCACCGGUUUGAUUAACGUAGGCUUAAAAGUCGGAUCCCGAAGGUCAACCGGCGCCGGUUUUAUGGAAUAACCGGCACCGGUUUUGAUGUUUCAACCGGAGAUGUCAGUCCCAGGGGAAAACCGGCGCCGGUAUACACGUAUCACCGGCGCCGGUUAUACUAAAACCUGUCAUUUUUUGAAAAUUCGAACAAAGACCGGCGCCGGUCCACCCCUAUAACCGGCGCCGGUUGACCCGUUUUUAACCCAACACCAGCUCGUCUUUCCGUCAUUCUCACGAGCCAAAACAGCAACCCCUCGGACGAAAGCUCCCAAAAAAACGACACCCACUCCCUCAAAUCUCCAUAGCUUCGAGUUCUAAGGUCAAAACAACCCAAACCCAUCACUCUCAAGGCUCCACAACAUCAUCUUCAAGCUUCUUCUCCACAAAAUCAAGGUAUGGCCCCAAAAAGGAAGCAAAAUGACGGUGCCUCUUCUUCUUCAUACUCCCACCCCCGUUUCACCUCUCAUGAAAAUGAGGAGUGGUACGAAACAAGAAAAAAAUGGGGAAUGGUGGUGGAGAAAACAGUUGACCCGAUCAUCGACGCCACUUUUGAACUAACGGAGGCAUUCAUGGAGCUAGGGUGGGCUGUGAUGCUUACCCUAACAGGGGCGUACUACCCCCAACUGGUCCGUGAGUUCUACGCCAACAUCACGGACAAACAAACUGGGUAUGCCGUCAUUCACUCAUUUGUCAAAGGCAAGAACAUAAAGAUUGAUCCAAGUUUUCUCUCCCGCCUCCUCAAGGUCCCCGAUGACGGCACAACCCUGGAAUUUACCCUUAAAGGAAUCUCCAGUGACAAGACUUAUGAUGAAGUUCGAACAAUGGAAAGGUAUGAACUCCCAAAGCUCUUCACUAAAUAUUUGAACAUCCGUGAGCGACUCAUCAUUUAUCUCAUUGGAUUCAACCUUGUCCCCCGAGCAAGUGACCGUCAUGUCAUCCGAAAAAUAGACCUCUACCUUCUCUCUAAAAUGGUAGAGGGGUUGGGAGAAACUCCGAAAAUAUCUCUCCCCCACCUCAUUAUCAAAGAUAUGAAGACCGUGGUGCUCUCCAAAAGAGGUGACAAAAACUUUUGUUUUCCUCUUUUACUCACCUUGGUAUUCAAACAUUAUAAGGUGGAUUUAAGAGGAGAAGAAGUCAUCUACACAGAUGACUCCAACAUUUUGGACAAUACCACCAUGGCCGCCCUUCAACAUAAACUUUCGGAUGGAGAGUGGACGUUCCCCGGACGAUUUUUUGCUAACUUACAUGAUGAGGAGGAGGCGAGGAGAGCGGAAGAGGUACAUGGAGAAGAAGAAAUGGAGGAUGCUCACGACGAUGGAGCCGUACCCGAGCCACCGGUGCCACCACAACCGCCACACACUACCGACCCCGCGAUGGCCUACUUGAUGCACUCCAUGGCCCGCAUGCAUACGCGGAUGGACACGCAAGAGGAGAGACAACAGAGGUUUGAGGAGCGUUUCGACAGAUUCGCCGACUACUACUACUCCCAACAUGGGUACCCCCCUCAAGACCCGGAAAAUUAAUUACAGCGUUGUUGUUAAUGCUUUUUCUAUGACAUUGCUUUUCUCAAACACAUUUUAUUGUGGAUGUUGAAAGUAUUUUGUUUAUCAUGCAUGAUACAUUGAGACAAUGUAUUAUAAGUGUGGGGG